AUGGCACCACCCAAAGCUGAUCUCGAGUCUGAGGACUCGUAUGCUUCGGAUAACUCUCAUACUAGCCAACCUGAUAUUCAAGACCGUGCAGCCAAGCGUCGCCGCCUCUCCCAGUCAGACGACGACGACGAGGAGUAUGUUGCUCCAGCACCGCUCCCCGCUCUCUCUCGUAUCAAGAAAAAGGAUGAUACUUCGAAGAAGCCCGAGGUCCCAGAGGAGGAGGUACCUGUGACGAUUCGCGAUGCACUUGAAAUUGGAUUACGCAGCGAGGCAUCUACCUUUGGUGCCUUGGAUGUCUCCCCAUGGCUUGUUGGGUCACUGUCGACCAUGGCCAUUCGACGACCCACGGCCAUUCAACAGGCUUGUAUUCCCGAGAUCUUGAAGGGACGGGACUGCAUUGGUGGAAGCCGGACUGGUUCAGGUAAAACUAUGGCUUUUGCUGUCCCGAUCUUGCAAAAAUGGUCGCAGGAUCCAUUUGGCAUCUUUGCCUUGGUUUUGACACCGACCAGAGAGCUUGCGCUACAAAUUUUCGAACAGUUCAAGGCCAUCUCUGCGCCACAGAGCAUGAAGCCCAUUCUCAUUACGGGCGGUACGGACAUGCGCCAGCAAGCAAUUGAGCUCGCAUCACGGCCACACGUCGUCAUUGCGACCCCGGGGCGUCUGGCCGAUCACAUCAAGACCUCCGGACAAGACACAAUUGCCGGACUAGGCCGAGUGAAGAUGGUCGUACUCGACGAAGCAGAUCGACUGCUUGCCAGUGGACAGGGCAGCAUGCUGCCUGAUGUGGAAACCUGUCUCUCGGCAUUGCCUCCCUCUUCAGAGCGUCAGACCCUUCUUUUUACUGCCACUCUGACAGCCGAAGUGCGGGCAUUGAAGUCGUUGCCCCGCGCUGAGAACAAGCCUCCGAUUUUCGUCACAGAGAUCUCGACCGAGAACCAGGGCAACAUCCCGCCGACUCUCAAGCAGACAUACCUCCAGGUUCCCAUGACGCACCGCGAAGCCUUCCUGCACGUCCUAUUGUCCACUGAUGAGAACGUCACCAAGCCUGUCAUCAUCUUCUGCAACCACACCAAAACCGCCGACAUGCUGGAGCGCACGCUCCGCCGACUCGGCCAUCGCGCCACCUCUCUCCACAGUCUACUUCCCCAGUCAGAGCGCACUUCUAACUUGGCCCGGUUCCGUGCUGCGGCAGCCCGCGUCUUAGUCGCCACGGAUGUCGCCUCGCGUGGUCUCGAUAUCCCAAUCGUUAGCCUGGUCAUCAAUUACGAUGUGCCCCGGAACCCGGACGACUACGUCCACCGUGUUGGUCGUACUGCACGUGCUGGCCGCACUGGUGAAGCAGUCACGCUGGUUGGUCAACGUGAUGUCGAGCUUGUACUCGCCAUUGAGGAGCGCGUGGGGCGAAAGAUGGAGGAGUGGGCCCAAGAGGGCGUUAGUGUCGAGGGCCGUGUGACUCGCACCGCAGUGCUGAGGGAGGUCAGCGCUGCCAAGCGUGAAGCUCUCGGUGAGAUCGAAGAGGGUCGGGAUGUACUCGGCCGGAAGCGCAACAAGUUGAAGAAAGUCCGGUAA